CCUAAACGCAAACCGGAGGUUAAUGAGUGAGAAAAACAAAUGUAAUAGUACCAUAAACGACCUCUGAUAUCAGCUGAUGACUCUGAGUAGGUAGUUAUCGCAUCGUUCAGCUACUUAUAAGGCCGUCGAUAUGUUGGACUUACACUCUGAUUCGGCGGGUGACGGAACGGAAAAUUCAAAAUGGCCACCAAAAAGUUUGCUGGUCCUUCCCCUUACACCUUCAAACCUUCAUACCCGGCUGAAGACUUCUUGCAUACCGAGUAUGUCGAAACGGUGACUGCUGACGCAAGUACCAAGAAGAAGGUCACCCAAGUGGUCGGCGCCAUCUUCGGUCUCGGCCGCGCUGGUUCCAUCCAUCUGGCCAGCAUCAUCAGGAACCCCCGAGUCAUCGUCAAGUACAUCGUCGACGACCGCAAGGAGAGGUUUGCCGAGCUCAGGGCCUACUGGGGCCUCAGCGACGAUGUGCAAUUCAUCACCUCCAAGGAGGCUGACCGUGUCUACAAAGAUAAGGCUGUCAACGUUGUCUUCAUCGCUUCCCCAACCUUUACCCACCAUGACAUCGUAGUCAACUCCAUCGCCAACGAUAAGGAUGUGUACUGUGAAAAGCCAAUUGCUGAGAACAUCGAAGACACUAAGAAGUGCUACGAAGCCGCUAAAAUCAAGGGCAAAGCUCUGUUCGCCGCCUUCAACCGUCGCUUCGACGAGUCAUACAGGGCCUUGAGGGACAGAGUUAGGAAGGGAGAGGUUGGCCACGUUCAGAUUCUGAAGGUCACCGCCAGAGAUUCCCCUCUGCCCUCUAUUGACUACCUCAAGACUUCAGGUGGUAUCUUCCACGACUGCCUGGUGCACGACAUUGACGUGACGUGCUGGGUGCUCGGCGAGCUGCCGACGCGCGUGCAGGCGCACGCCACCGCCCUCGUCCCCGAGAUCAAGGCCAUCGACGACUUCGACAACGUCGCCUUCCUGCUGUCCUUCCCGUCGGGUGCCGUGGCCAUCGGCGACAACAGCCGCUUCUCCGCCUAUGGCUACGACCAGAGGCUCGAGGCUUUCGGAAACAAGGGAAUGAUUAAGGUUGAAAACGAGAGGCCCAUCGCCGCCGUCGAGGCGUACAUCGGCCACGAGGGCAUCCAACAGAGCCCCAUCUUCUACUCCUUCCCCUCCCGCUACAAGCGCGCCUACCAGAAUGAGCUGGAGCACUUCCUCGAUGUGAUUCAAUACAAAGUGCCAAUGGAAGUCACCAGCUGGCAGACACUAGCCGUCAGCAAGAUAGCGACGGCGACGGAGCAGGCCGCCCGCACCGGCAAGGCCGUGGACCUGGACUGGAGCAAGGAUGGAAUCCCCGCCCAGUACUCUUAGACCAGCUCUUCCCGAUCUUGGACUUCUCUUGUAAAUAAUUUGCAAAACUUUUA